CUACUCUCGGAUGUCAUCCUUCUCCAAGUCCUCUUCUUCUGUACUACGCUCCUCCGCCAAGCCUCGUCCCCGCACUCUCUCCCCUUCCGAGCUCUUUCAUCACAACCGCCGGAUCGCCUCCCUCGGCCGCACCGGUCAGCUCCAUGCUGCUCGCCAACUGUUCGACGAAAUGCCCAUCCGCGACACCGUCUCCUGGAACGCCAUCCUCACUGCGCACUGGCACAACUCCGACCUCGACGGCUCCAAGAGACUCUUCCAAACUAUGCCUCACCCCAACACCGUCUCCUGGAACUCCCUCAUCACAGGCUGUUUCCACAACGGUCGACCACAAGAGGCCCUCCAUUAUUUCCUCAACAUGCCUUGUAGUUGUAGGAACGUGGCUUCCUGGAACACCACCAUCUCCGGCCUCGUAAGGUACGAGCACUGGGACAUCGCUGAGAGACUCUUUCUGAAAAUGCCUGCGAAAAACGUUAUCUCAUACACCGCCAUGAUAGAUGGACUCGCUCGGAGAGGAGAAGUUGAUAGAGCCCGCAACUUGUUCGACCGAAUGCCCAAGAGAAAUACUGUAUCGUGGGGUGCCAUUAUAAGCGGGUACGGCGAAAAUGGCCUGUUUGAGGAAGCUCGAACCUUGUUCAAUAGAAUGCCAGAGAAGAACCUAGUUGCAAUCACGACGGUCAUCACCGGGUACUGCAAGCAGGGCAGAGUGGAUAAAGCAAGGGAACUUUUUGAUGGGAUUCAACAUAAGGAUUUAAUCUGUUGGAACGCAAUGCUGUCAGGCUAUGUUCACAAUGAUCAUCCCGGGGAAGCACUGAAGCUAUUCAUCCAACUACUAGAAACCGGUAUGAAACCUGACCAUUAUACGUUAAUUGCAGUCGUGAAAACAUGUUCGUCUGUCGGUUUGCUGCAACAAGGGAGGCUUGUUCAUGCUUACGCUAUUAAAACCACCAAUUGGCAUUUGAACGUGUCCUUAUGCAACGCAUUGGUGACCAUGUACAGCAAGGGCGGGUGCAUUAGUGAUUCGGAGUUGCUCUUCUGGAACAUCCACAACAAAGACCUUGUCUCCUGGAAUGCAAUUAUCGCAGCAUUCUCGGAACAUGGCAACCAAGAGAAAGUUGUUUCUCUGUUCAAUGAGAUGGAAGAAGAUGGCAUCACACCCGAUGACAUCACUUUCCUAAGCAUAUUGUCUGCGCUGGGACGUCCUGCAAAGAUAAAAGAUAGCUUAAAUUGGUUUAGCCUAAUGAUUUCCAAAUACGGGAUACAACCGAAGGCUGAACACUAUGCUUCCGUUGUCGAUGCGCUGUGCCGUGCAGGCCAUUUAGAGAAGGCAUGCAAGUACGUGGGAGGAAUGCCACUUAAAGCACGGAAUUUUGCUUGGAGUGCUAUACUAGCAGCCUGUCAAACGAACUCUCACGUCGAAUUAGGAGAGUCGGCGGCUAAGAAGCUACUCGUGUUGGAUUCUGAAAACUCAGGGGCAUAUGUGGCGUUGUCAAAUAUUUAUGCUGAAGCUGGUAUGUGGAGGGAAGUGACUAAAGUGAGGGCCAUGAUGAGGCAAAAUAGAGUGAAGAAGCAACCAGGGUACAGUUGGACUGAGAUAUCUGGCAAUAUUCAUUUGUUUCUUGUGGGUGAUGCAUCACAUUCAGAGAUCGACAAGAUUCUAUGUGAGCUUGAGAAGAUAGGUAUCGCCUCUAGGGCAUAGUUUAGUUAAUUAUCAUAUAAUAGAUUUAUAGAAUUUAAUAAGGGUCAAACCUUGUUUAAAAAAUGGGAAAUUACUCUUUCAUGUGAUGAUUAAUUUUGAUUUUCUGAUUUACUCCUUCCCAAUAAUAUGAGGUAGUCAUAUAAAUAUAAGGUGUUAGGAUUAUAGAUUUUUACCUUUUUAUAGAAUUGAGAGGAUAGGUAUCCAUAUGAAGCUGUUGAACCCAAACGUAUCCAUAAAGCAAUCUUAUAUUUACUAAGACAUGUAAUUUAUUUGUAGAAUAUAAAUUCAUUUCUUUUUAAUGGGAAAAUGUAC